ACAGUACUAUAUAUUAGUUUAUAAGUAGGGGAAAAUUAAUGCUAUAUCACCGACUAUUAAUCCAUAUAUAUCAUCCAUCAUAAAACAAAACAAAUCUGAUUAUUGAGCCUUUUUCUUUCUCAUACAUCUACUUAACAAAUUUAAUUUGUUUUGUUUUGUUUGUUUCUAUAGUAAAGGACUCGUUGACCUAACUAUAUUUUUUUUUUGGCUCCAUUAAAUUAAGCACUCCUUUCUCUAUUCUCAAUCUUUUUUUUCUUCCCUCUCAUAUAUAUAUCUCUUCCCAGUUCCAGACACAAUUCUAGAUCUUCUUCUUAUUCCAAUACAUAGUAUAAAUACAUAUAUGCUUGGAUGUCCAGUAGCAGGGAUGAAUUGGAUGAAAUAGGAAAGAGGAUCAGAAGUAGUAAUAGUACUACUACUAUUGAUUCAGUAGUACUAUUACCACCACCAAAUAAUAUUAAUAACAACAUUAAUAUUAAUAUUUCUGAUCAUCAUCAUAAUCAAAUUAUGGGAAGAAGAUUAGUACAAUCUUUUGGUCCAGCAGCUGCUGGGACCUUAAACACCAUAACACCUUGUGCUGCUUGUAAGCUUUUGAGAAGAAGAUGUGCCGAGGAAUGCCCUUUUUCUCCCUACUUUUCACCUCAAGAGCCUCAAAAAUUUGCCGCUGUCCACAAAGUUUUUGGUGCAAGCAACGUCUCCAAGAUGCUUAUGGAAUUGGCAGAAAGCCAGAGAGCUGAUGCGGCUAAUAGUUUGGUAUAUGAAGCAAACCUUAGGCUGAGAGAUCCAGUGUACGGUUGUAUGGGGCUAAUCUCAGCCUUGCAACAGCAAAUCCAAACUCUACAAGCUGAGCUUAAUGCUGUAAGGACUGAGAUAUUGAGAUAUAAAUUUAGAGAAGCCACUACUACUAAUACUCAUACUACUACUACAAAUAAUAAUAAUACUAGUACUAGUACAACUACUAAUGCUAAUACUAAUACUACUAUUACUACUACUUCUACUCAUCAAGCUGCUUUAUUAGCCAAUUUAAUGUCUCCACAUCAUCAUCAUCAACAUCAACAUCAAAAUAAUAUUAUUCAUCAUGGUGGUGGUGUGGUCUCCAUAGCUUCAUUACCCUCUCAAUUAGCUAAUAAUAAUAGUAAUAUUAAUUCUCAUCAUCAUCUUCAUCAUCAUGAUCAAUCUACAAUUUUGCCUGUUCCUGAUCAUCAUCAUCAUCAUCAUCAUCCGGCUAGGCUGCCUCCGCCACCGUCUCCACCGCCACCUCCUCCGCCUUCUAUUGUUGUUUCGGCAUCUUCUACUACUUCUUCAACUUCUUCUCUAUAUACCUCUACUAAUACCACAGGUUAUAGCUCCAUUUCCAGUGACAAUAAUGUUACCUAUUUUGAUUAAAUUAUUAUUGUUAUUAUUAUUUUGAAUAUGAGAUUAAUGGUGGUAGCAUUAAUUGGCAAUAUUAUUAUUAUUACUUUUUCUUUUUGAAUUUUUUUAAUCGAUUUAUCUCUAUAUAUUGUGUUUGGUAAUUUAUUUCUUU